CCGGGCUGGACAUCGCUGCCCACGUGUUGCCCGGCGCUUCCCCGCCCAUGGAGUCUGAGAUUCUCCAGUCGCCUCUGCUGGGGCUCGGGGAGGAGGAUGAGUCCGACCUGACGGACUGGAACUUGCCCCUGGCCUUUAUGAAGAAAAGGCACUGCGAGAAGAUCGAAGGCUCCAAGUCUUUGGCUCAGAGCUGGAGGAUGAAGGACCGGAUGAAGACUGUGAGUGUUGCCUUAGUUUUGUGCCUCAACGUCGGCGUGGACCCUCCUGAUGUGGUGAAAACAACUCCCUGUGCCCGCCUGGAGUGCUGGAUUGAUCCUCUGUCCAUGGGGCCUCAGAAGGCUCUGGAGACCAUCGGGGCCAACCUGCAGAAGCAGUAUGAGAACUGGCAGCCCAGGGCCAGGUACAAGCAGAGCCUGGACCCCACGGUGGACGAGGUGAAGAAGCUGUGCACGUCCCUGCGCCGCAACGCCAAGGAGGAGCGUGUGCUGUUCCACUACAACGGGCACGGCGUGCCCCGGCCCACGGUCAACGGCGAGAUCUGGGUCUUCAACAAGAACUACACCCAGUACAUCCCCCUGUCCAUCUACGACCUGCAGACGUGGAUGGGGAGCCCUUCCAUCUUCGUCUACGACUGCUCCAACGCCGGCCUCAUUGUCAAGUCCUUCAAGCAAUUUGCACUACAGAGAGAGCAGGAGCUGGAGGUGGCUGCCAUCAACCCCAACCACCCCCUUGCCCAGAUGCCCCUGCCCCCCUCCAUGAAGAACUGCAUCCAGCUGGCAGCCUGUGAGGCCAACGAGCUGCUGCCCAUGAUCCCAGACCUGCCUGCAGACCUGUUCACCUCCUGCCUCACCACCCCCAUCAAGAUCGCCCUGCGCUGGUUCUGCAUGCAGAAGAGUGUCAGGCUGGUGCCAGGAGUCACGCUGGAUUUAAUAGAGAAGAUUCCUGGGAGGCUGAAUGACAGGAGAACUCCCCUGGGAGAGCUGAACUGGAUCUUCACAGCCAUCACAGACACCAUUGCCUGGAAUGUCCUGCCCAGAGGUGAGCCUGGGGCAGGUCUCUUCCCUCUGUCCCCUCCCUCCAGGCAAGCCUGGGACCUUGCUGUUGACAUUUGCCUUUCCCAGCUCCCCACCAUUAUUGAGGAAGGAACUGCCUUCAGGCACAGCCCCUUCUUUGCCGAGCAGCUCACGGCCUUCCAGGUGUGGCUCACCAUGGGUGUGGAGAACAGGAACCCCCCGGAGCAGCUGCCCAUUGUCCUGCAGGUGCUGCUGAGCCAGGUGCACCGACUGAGAGCUCUGGAUCUGCUGGGGAGGUUCCUGGACCUGGGGCCCUGGGCUGUGAGCCUGGCCCUCUCUGUUGGCAUUUUCCCCUAUGUGCUGAAGCUCCUGCAGAGCUCAGCCCGUGAGCUGAGACCUCUCCUGGUGUUCAUCUGGGCCAAGAUCCUGGCAGUGGACAGUUCAUGCCAGGCUGACCUGGUGAAGGACAAUGGACACAAGUAUUUCCUCUCAGUCCUGGCAGAUCCUUACAUGCCAGCUGAGCACAGGACCAUGACAGCCUUCAUCCUGGCUGUGAUUGUCAACAACUACAACACCGGGCAGGAAGCCUGCCUGCAAGGGAACCUGAUCGCGAUCUGCCUGGAGCAGCUGAACGAUCCCCACCCGCUCCUCAGGCAGUGGGUGGCCAUUUGUCUGGGCAGGAUCUGGCAGAACUUCGACUCAGCCAGGUGGUGUGGAGUGAGAGACAGCGCCCAUGAGAAGCUCUACAGCCUCCUCUCAGAUCCCAUCCCGGAGGUUCGUUGUGCUGCAGUUUUUGCUCUGGGCACCUUCGUGGGCAACUCGGCAGAGCGCACGGACCACUCGACCACCAUCGACCACAACGUGGCCAUGAUGCUGGCCCAGCUCAUCAACGACGGCAGCCCCAUGGUCCGGAAGGAGCUGGUGGUGGCCCUGAGUCACCUGGUGGUUCAGUACGAGAGCAAUUUCUGCACCGUGGCCUUGCAGUUCAUAGAAGAGGAGAAGAAUUAUCCCCUCCCUUCUCCAGCUGCUCCAGCUCUGAGCGGGCCGUGCUGCCCGGCCGAGGGCAGCCUGACCCCGGUGCGGGAGGCGCCGUGCACGCCCCGCCUGCGCUCCGUCAGCUCCUACGGCAACAUCCGCGCCGUCACCUCUGCCCGCAGCCUCAACAAAUCCCUGCAGAACCUCAGCCUCAACGAGGAGUCUGGCAGCUCUGUGGCGUUCUCCCCUGGGAACCUGAGCACGAGCAGCAGUGCCAGCAGCACCCUGGGCAGCCCCGAGAACGAGGAGUACAUCCUGUCCUUCGAGACCAUCGACAAGAUGAGGAGAGUCAGCUCCUACUCCUCCCUCAACUCCCUCAUAGGUGUGAGUUUCAACAGUGUUUAUACCCAAAUUUGGAGAGUGCUCCUUCACCUGGCUGCUGACCCCUAUCCCGACGUGUCUGACCUGGCCAUGAAGGUUCUCAACAGCAUUGCCUACAAGGCCACGGUCAAUGCUCGCCCCCAGCGCAUCCUGGACACCUCCUCGCUGACCCAGUCUGCCCCUGCCAGCCCCACCAACAAGGGCAUGCACAUCCACCAAGUGGGGGGGUCGCCUCCCACCACCAGCACGAGCAGCUCCAGCCUGACCAGCGAGGUGCCCAAGCAGCCCGUGAGCCGUGAGCUGGGGGCCGUGCGCCCCAGCGCCACCAGCGUGGCCGUCCAGUACACCCCCCACUCGCACCAGUUCCCCAGGACCAGGAAAAUGUUCGACAAAGGCCCAGAGCAGACAGCUGAUGAUGCUGAUGAUGCCGUGGGACACAAGAGCUUCAUCUCGGCCGCGGUGCAGACGGGUUUCUGUGACUGGAGUGCCAAGUACUUUGCCCAGCCCGUCAUGAAGAUCCCCGAGGAGCACGACCUGGAGAGCCAGAUCCGCAAGGAGCGCGAGUGGCGCUUCCUGCGCAACGCCCGCGUCCGGAAACAGGCGCAGAAAAUCAUCCAGAAGGGCAUCUCCAGGCUGGACGAUCAGAUCUUCCUCAACAGGAACCCGGGCGUGCCCUCCGUGGUGAAAUUCCACCCCUUCACCCCCUGCAUCGCUGUGGCUGACAAGGACAGCAUCUGUUUCUGGGACUGGGAGAAGGGGGAGAAGUUGGAUUAUUUCCACAACGGGAACCCUCGGUACACGCGGAUCACGGCCAUGGAGUACCUGAACGGGCAGGACUGCUCCCUGCUGCUCACGGCCACAGACGAUGGUGCCAUCAGAGUGUGGAAGAACUUUGCAGACCUGGAGAAGAACCCCGAGAUGGUGACAGCCUGGCAGGGGCUGUCAGACAUGCUGCCAAGCACUCGAGGUCUGGCCCGAAGGGUGUCCAUCUACCUGGACAGGAGCAAGCAGGGAGGAGCAGGGAUGGUGGUGGACUGGGAACAAGAAACCGGGCUCCUGAUGACCUCGGGGGACGUGAGGAUAAUCCGGAUCUGGGACACGGAUCGGGAAAUGAAAGUACAGGACAUUCCCACGGGAGCUGACAGCUGUGUCACCAGCCUGUCGUGUGACUCUCACCGCUCCCUGAUCGUGGCGGGGCUGGGGGACGGCUCCAUCCGAGUGUUCGACAGGAGGAUGGCCCUCAGUGAAUGCCGGGUCAUGACCUACCGGGAGCACACGGCCUGGGUGGUGAAGGCUUACCUGCAGAAACACCCCGAGGGCAACAUCAUGAGCGUCAGUGUCAAUGGUGACGUUCGUUUCUUCGACCCCCGCAUGCCCGAGUCCAUGAAGGUGCUGCAGAUUGUCAAGGGGCUCACAGCCCUGGACAUCCAUCCCCAGGCCAACCUGUUUGCAUGUGGCUCCAUGAACCAGUUCACUGCCAUCUACAACGGCAAUGGAGAGCUGAUCAACAACAUCAAAUACUACGAUGGCUUCAUGGGACAGAGAGUGGGAGCCAUCAGCUGCCUGGCCUUCCAUCCUCACUGGCCCCACCUGGCCGUCGGCAGCAAUGACUUUUACAUCUCGGUGUACUCGGUGGAGAAGAGGAUCAGAUGACGGCGCGGCCGGAGCGGCUCCAGGCAGGGCCUCCCUGUACAUAGAGAAAUCAUCGACUUGAAUGUUUCGUGUUGGCUGCUGCUGCACCCCAUAACUUGAACAUUUGUUCUUCUGACUUAGCUACUGAUGGGUUUGACGAGGGGAAGAGACAAUCUCCUGGAUUUUGUUUUGUUUUGUUUUCCAGCUAUAUCCUCUAAAAGAAAAGGAACAUUUAUUUUUGUUUCCGGUGGUUGGCUUCUCUGUCAGAAACACGGCUCCUGAGCUUGGAAGGACUUGGAUGAGGCAAAGCCCUUGAGAAGGGUCUUGUUUUAGUCUUUGUUCCUUGUUUUGCUGGAGUGUGGGUUCUUCAAGGACUGUGAAGACUCACCUACAGCUCCAUGGGACCCUCCAGCUGCUGCCAACCCUGUGCCAAACCCAAUUCCUGGGACAGGGCAGCACGGGAUGUACCUGCCAGGGAGGCAGGGCAGCAUCUCCUCUGCAUGAACCUCCCCCUCCCUCCCUGCAGCAGCCUCUCCACUGGAAGCAAGGACAGCCCUGGUGGGGACCUGGUGGCCUGGGCAGGCAGGGAUCCUGCAGGAAGGGGCUCAGGGAGAUGACAAGAGCAGGGCAGGAUGUCCCACUCCACAAAACUACACGUCAGGACAACGAGGGAAGAAAGGGAACAAAGAUCUCCAACAUCCCAGGGAGCCUGGAGCAAGUCACGGGUGUGACCAGGGCCCGUCCUGGGCUCUGUGUGCUCCCCAUGGCUGCUGUGCACCGAGGUGAGGUCAGGAUUUGGGCACCUGGAGCUGCCAUGGCUCACCUGCCCCUCUGGAAGCAGGCAUGGAAGCACCUGGGCACUGAGAAUCACUGAGGAGGAGGAGGAGGAGGAAGGCAGCCAGUCACUGCUCUGAGCCAGGCACCCUCGUCCCAGCUGCUCCACCUCCCCACCUUGCACGUGUGAAUAAUGAAUGUUUUGUCCCUUGGGAUCCGUUCUGGGGCUGGAGCUGGGUGUGGAAGGGAGAGCACAGCCAAAGGUCAGGUUUCCUUCCAGAGCUGCAGAACUCACUGCAGGCCUGGAAUUCCCAGCUGGGAUCCCAGCCAGGGCCAGGGGAUCUGCAGGCUCCCAGCAAAGUCCAGCUGUGCUGCAGGAAUGCAGCGAGGGAAGGGCUCAGGACCC